UGCAAAAGAAGAGGAGAAGCAUGUUGUCCUAACUGUUUCUGUGUAACUGGACUGUCCAAGUGGUCAGGAAGACGUUUUUUUUUUUUACAGUCUCAUAAUAAACAAAGUUAUUUAAGGACAGACAUGGCGCUUACAGAUGCUGACGUACAGAAACAGAUCAAGCACAUGAUGGGCUUCAUUGAACAAGAGGCCAGUGAGAAAGUGGAGGAAAUUGACGCCAAGGCGGAGGAAGAGUUCAACAUCGAGAAAGGUCGUCUGGUGCAGACUCAGAGGGUGAAGUUCAUGCAGUACUAUGAGAAGAAGGACAAGCAGAUUGAACAACAUAAGAAAAUUCAGAUGUCCAACCUGAUGAACCAAGCAAGGCUGAAGGUGCUGAAGUCCCGCGACGAGAUGAUCACGGAUUUGUUGAACGAGGCUCGUCAGAGACUUGCAGAGAUUGCAAAGGACGCUGCGAGUUACUCCACCUUACUGGAGGGCCUGGUGCUUCAGGGUUUCUAUCAGCUGCUGGAACCGAAAGUUACCAUUCGCUGCCGACAGCAGGAUGUAGAGAUGGUUCAGGCUGCGGUUAAUAAGAUCAUCCCAAUCUACAAAGAGGCCGUGAAGAUCAACAUAGUUGUCAAAAUCGACCAGGAACGCUUUCUUCCGUCAGAGAUCUGCGGAGGGAUAGAAGUGUACAAUGACAACAGGAAGAUCAAGGUUUCCAACAUUUUGGAGAACAGGCUUGAGCUGAUGGCACAACAGAUGAUGCCUGAAAUCCGAGUGGACUUGUUCGGAGCCAAUCCAAACCGCAGGUUCACGGAUUAGCAGCGGAUUGGAAGAGAGCGGUGUGGCCACAGCUGACCAAAGACCUUCAUCAUCGUGAGCACCAGUCUGUACAAUCACUUGAUGGGAUGCUACUGAUGUGUUGAUAUAGUUUUUUUGUUGUUUGCACUAAUUGAUGUAAUAAUGCAACAAGUGCACUUUUAUUUAUGUGUAAGUGCCCUCUGUUGUACCUCUGCUUUAACUGCUUUAAAUUGCAAAAAUGUCUUCCUUCAGUUGUUUUGGGAAAUCUGUUGUAAUCAAAGCUACAUAUUUAGGUCACCAAAUAUACACAUAUUCCCUUCACAUGGUCUACAUUUUUGUAGAGUACAGCCUAUAAUGCUGUGGAUUAUAUGGUAUGUUUGCCAAACGUCUCUUCUUUUUAAAUAGUUUUGCUAUGUGUGCAUGCCGACAGCGAAAGAAUGUUUACCUUCUGUUCUGAAGCACUUAACAUACGAAAGCCAAAUAAAUAAAAAAUAAAUAAAUGUGUGUGACACCGAGAAAUGAGCACGUAUGAGAAAUCUUUAUUUACAGCUUGUAAACAAACAUUUUACUCCGGCUAUGACUCUACAAUGAGGAAGAUGUAGUAGUCUGGGUACGACAGCCACAUCAAAAUACGUCUUGCAUUAAAAAUGUAAAAAAAAAAAAAAAAAACUCUUUUAGUACGACCCAGUGGAGAUCAGUGAUGGCAAACAGUUGGAAAGACAAGGUGCCCUACUCCCCCCACGGGUCUAACAAAUAUCACUGUCCUCGCUAAGUGGGACUCGAGUACCAAAUCAAUGUUUCAAGACUCCCAAUUCCACUGAAUUCAUUUAAGACAUACAGUUUUGAUGAUUUAGAACUCUACCAGCAAUUACAAGGCGUUAAUCGCAUUUUUCUUUUUUAGUUUUUGUGCGCACGUCAUUUGAAGCGAUUGUAUUUUUAAUGUGUAACUAAGCGGUAAUAUAUGCUUCUCAGGUUUUAUUAAAGCCCUGCCGAGCUGUGUGGACCAGAGGAAGUGAAGGCUACGAGACAGGGGCCCAGCGGUCUAACCGGUGGCCUUUAGUCAGGAAGUGAGCUGUGUGUUAGGGUGUAUUGUACGUUAAUGCCGGGGAUUAAAAUAUUACCAUUAGAUUAACAACUGACCUUA